AUGUUCUCCAAGGCUAAGGGGAUCCUCGAGAAGAGCUCAUCCAUCCGCGAUGAAGUCAGCCAGGGCAAUUACAAUGACGCGAAAGACAUCGUGACUAAAGGGCAAAACACCCAAGAAUCGACCAGCCAGGGAGGGAAAGCGAAUGAGAACCUUGAUAAAGGCUCAUCCGCCCGCGAUGAAGCCAGCAAAGGCAAUUUCGAUGGCGCCAAGGAAGUUGUCCAAGGCCAGCCCGCUAAAGAAUCGACUGGCCAAGGAGUUGCCGGGGGAGUUGCCGGAGGGGCUGCUGUCGGGGGAGUCGCCGGAGGAGCAUCUAGUAGUGUUGCUGGAAUGAACAAAGGCGACCUCAACAAGGAGAAUGUUCAGGAGACUGGAAAGAAAAUCAACAGAGGUAUUGGCCAAGACAACACCGGCACCUCUACUGAUGAAACGAAGGUGGAGCAACGAGAUAUGGGCAGCCAGAAGCCACAAGCCACCCAGAAGCCACAAGCCACCCAGAAGCCACAAGCCAGUCAGAAACAGCAAGACAGCACUAAAGCGAAUCAAGACACUGGCUCUACACAGUAUGACCGCAAAGGCAGCGUCUUAGCUGGAGAGCUUGAGCCCAAUUACGACAUCCGGAGGGGCCCCAUCACCAUGCCGGGAACUUUCCAAGAAAAGAACUACCACAAUUCGACCGGCACAGAAACUCUUGUUCAGAGAGGGACCAGCAGCAAAGGAAUACCCAGCCAAGCAACCGACAAUGAACCUCAGGUUGCCUUCGCGGGGGUAGGAAGCGGCGACACGGCCAGCUCAAACCAAGGAAAUGCUGGAAAAGCCGUCACUGGAGGAGAUUAUAGCGAGGAAGCUCUUGAAAAAGAGAUCCACGACUAUGAGAACAUCAGUCCGGAGGUCUUCAGCGAGGGGGCCACCGGCAAGGACCUCUCCAAGAAAUCUGCCGGUCAAGACGUUGGAAAAUACCAUAUCGACAGAAAGCAACUUGACAAGCAGGGCUCUCAGCCUUCCCAGAAAGCCGGGGCAGGUGAAGCUGCUGCCGCCGCUGCCGCCGCUGCCGGCUAUGGUACGAGUAAAGGAGCCACCAGCCAGACCCCUACCACCAGAAAGCGGAGCAAGGCACAUUCCGUCUCUGGGAACGACGCAGCCAGGGCCCAAGAUCUUACUUUCACAAGAUCAAAUGAUCAGGUUGCUUCCACCGCAGGAGAACAUGGCCAUGGUGGAAGUGGACAAGGAUUGACCGCCUCAAACCAGGCGAACAGGGGAGGUGUUUCUUAUGCCCGUGUGGUGUCCGAUCGAGGCUUCACUCCUAAGACCCCGACAAGCACAGGGUAUUCUACCACCAGUGGAUCCAACCAAACAAGUGGCCUACGUUCUACCACCACGGGCCAGACAAACAGCGCUCUGUUCAAUAACGGCGCCACUGGAUCAAACCAAACAGGCAUCGCCGGCGGAGGUAUUCUGGGACUUCAACAAGACAAUAGCUAUGGCCUAUCCGGCAAUGACAACAGCGGAGUCAACCAAGGCAUUGUUGGUGGAGCAGGAACUCGCCAGGGUGGUGUCUAUGGUACCUCUAGCACUGACGGCUUCAACAAUGGAACCACCCAAGCUAGCUCCGGUACCAAGAGUAGCACCGGAAAUGAAAUGACCUCGAAGCGCAUUGCCAGACAGCUGAGUGGCAGUGGCUACAAGGUCACUCUCCUCCAGGAGAAGGUUCAGGCCGUGUCCCAGAAGUGCAAGACUCAGCUGGGCCUGUCUGCCAGUCAGAUCAGCAAGCGCAGCCCUAACGUUGAUGCUUUCUUUGAUGCUGUUGCAUCUGAACGUCUCCGCUGGAUGCCCCAUGAUGGUAGCAGACUUGACUGCAGCCUCAGAUGGGCGUCUAGACUGGCAUAUGCUGUCGACGCUCUUCGGGAGUCCGUUGGAGUCUUCGCGCCUGCUGCCAAUGAGGCGGCAACGCUCAUCUGGGGAUUCUCCAUCCUCCUCUUGGAGUCUGACAUGGACAACACAGAUGUCUUUGAGAGUGUCUUUGGCCGAUAUGGCCGGGUCGCCGUCGGUAUCUACUUGCUUCUGCAGUACGAGACCGCGUACAAAUCCUCUCCUGAACUCCAGCCAUAUGUUGCCGCGGUCUUCGCAGAUUUGCUUGAGAUGGUCAGCAGCACGGCCAUGAGCUGUGUUGAGGGAUUCAAGAGCAAAGAGUCCGAUCAAAUUAUCGGACGCAAUGUUGAUGCCGCUUUUGUCACUUACGCCAAGCGCUUUUCUACCCACUGGAAUUGUGUUGUCGAUGCUCACACUGCGAAGCUCGUUCAGGACAGCGCCCUGAUUUACUCCUCACCUGAGCUGGGUAGCUUGCGUCAAUUCCUGGGAGUGCAGGACCGCCCUCUCCAGUUUAUCCUCGACUCUCGCGCCCAUUCGCUUGCUGAGGGGUCGUUUGAGUGGUUCAACAACACGCUAUACGAUUUCAGUCUCGCGAGCUCCCCCAUGAUGCUGAUUUCUGGUGGCCCUGGCUCGGGAAAGAGUGCACUAGCUCAAUGGACAGUCGAAAGACUACAGGAGUCGUCUGAACACGAUAGCUGGAAUGUUAUCCCGUACACCAUCCGUGCUGAUAUUCCUGUCGCUACUUUGCCUCUCCGUAUUUUGAAGGGCGUCCUUCACCAAAUGUUGGACCACUCUGUCAGUGACAAGCAGACCCAGGAGGCUAUCCUGGUUGAAGUCGCCAGUGCCGCCCAAGGAGCGAUCGACGGUGCUGGAGAUGACGAAGUUGAAGCAAGCCUUUGGAGAGGUGUUCGUGCUGGUCUUGCUACGAACAUCCAGUACAUGUUUGUGGUUGACGGCAUCGACCAGAUCAGGGGCGGCCAUACCAAUGCCAUUGCCUGCCUCAAUCGCUUCGCGGAGAUUCUCUCCGAGCAGAAUGCUGGAUCUAAGAUGAUCGCUUUCACCCGGCCCCUGAGCUUGAAGACCAGCUCCAAGGGCGUUCAGCAGUUUACCCUGCAGACCUCACAGACAAAGACAGACCUUGUGGCGUAUGUCAACAAGAUGCUUGCAUCUACCGCCAACUUUGACACCCACAAGGGCAACCAGCUUCAAGCCGCUGUGUCUGCCAUUGUGGCCCGCUCUCAGGGCUCUUUCAGUUGGGCUGAAAUGGCAGUUGCACAUGCUAAACAGCAAAAGACCUUGAGUCAGGCUGUUGCGUCCAUUCAGGCUUUGCCCCAGUCGAUGUCAGAACUUAUCGACUUCCACUUCGAUACCCUCGACUUUAGCCAGCAGGGUACUGUCAAUAUUGUUUCCUGGCUCGCAGCAGCAGAGAGACCACUACUGGUCGAAGAGAUUGAGCAUUUGCUGAAUGUGGACACAAAGGGCCCCAGCUACUCAUCCAAUAAACCCAGUAGUAGCUACGACGCCUUGAAUGCUCUGAGCCCGCUGAUCAUGACCCGUGAUGGCGUGGUCUCUUUCGCUCAUACCUGCAUUCGCGACCACAUCAUCAACCAGGCCAAAUCAUCCGGUGGACAGUCUCAGCUCAGCCUCAAGGAUGCACACUACGACUUGCUCACCAGGUGUCUUUCCUGCGUGCAGUUAGGUGUGCGUGAGGAGGUUGAUGUUUCGAUGGACAAGCUAGGCAUCGAGGAGCGCAACCACCUGUUCGACAAGUAUGUUGCCUUGGAAUACACCGCACGCUACUGGUUGUCACACCUUCUCUCUUCGCCCCUGGUCAACGAUGACGAAGAGUUCCAAUUCAAUUCAAGCUUCAAGAAGCUCAUGCCUGCCACCGUUCUUUUCGCGCGCCUCGAAUUGACUUGCCGUGAGUCCCAGUUCACUCGGUCUAGUGUCGUGGAGCUCUACAGACUUGCGAGUGAUAUUCGCCGAUUGGUCCUUGGUGAGAAGUCCAUCGCUCUGCUAGAAAGCUUGGUACUCAGCGCACGCGUGUCCAAGUUGGCUCAUGCUAGCCACGCUGAUGAGACCUGCUACGAGGCGUGGAAGCUCAGCCAGGAGCUUCUCGGCCAGUCGCACCAGAUUACCCUCACAUGCUCCGAGAUGAUGAUACAGUCAUUCUCCGAUCGAGGCACGAUCACCUCUCAGCAGGAAGACAUCAUGAAGUACUUGAUCUUGACCGACUCCGAGAUCACCGGGGUGGAAUUCAACCAACGCCUCAAGUACCUUGGAAUGAUCGUCAGCAUGUACAAGUCUCGCAACGACAAUCAAUCCGCGUUGUUCAUCUCGAAGCACUUCUACCAGCAGAUUCUUCAGAAAUACGGUACCAACUCGCGCCAGUCAUCCGAUACUGCCGACUUCUUGACCAGUCACUUCUCGACAACUGGAAGCGACGAGAUGAGCCGCGAUAUUGCCAGAACCAAGUAUGACAAUAUGGUGCGCACCAUGGAGGUCACCGACGACCGCCGAAUCGCCUACACUCUGCACAUGGCUAAGUUGUACGAGGAUCAGGGUGAUUUGGCUCAUGCCCAGGCUGUCCUUUCAAGCCUGUGGGCUGGUCUCAACUCGCGCGAUAUUGACUCGGUUGAUAUGAUGGACAAGAAGUCCAAUGUCGCCCUUGUGUAUUACCAGUUCCUCCGCCGUCAGGGCCGAAGUGAUGAAUCUGAGGUCAUCAUCCGUGAACUAGUUGCAGAUCUUGAGGUCACUGGUAUUCACUCCGAGGAAAUGAUGCAGCGCGUACACCUUCUCCGCGCCGAGACUCGGGAGAUGCUUAUGUACAAUCUCGAUCGCUCCUUGUCAAUUCUCAUGUGGCGCUACUACAAGGAGACUCACCAAGAGUACUCGGAGGAGUCAACCGCUCUAGCGCUCUCAAUUGCCCAGAGCAUGGCAAAUGCAGUCUCUAUUCAGGAUGCAUCCUCUCUGUCUUCUCGGGACCGCAAGCUGCUGAUCGAGCUGCUGGAUGUUAUCUCGGCCAGUCCUGAUAACAUGACUGUCACCACCCUGGUCUUGUGCCACAACCUUGCCAGUAUUUACGUGCGUGAGGCAGAGUGGAUCCAAGCCAGCGAAUGCUCGAUGGCGGUUCUGCAGCAUAUCUGGCCCACCGUCGAACAGGCUAAAUCUCACCAGAAGUUCUCGCACGAGCUGGCACCUCCCGCGGCAGACCUGGCUUUGGUGUUGGCUUAUUGUCACUUCCGCAGGCUGCAUCUGGAACAGGCUACAACUGUUUAUGAGAACGCCUUUGGUUCUUUGGUCGCCUCCGACAAAGCCCCUGUGCCGUCGGUGCUUGCCGUUGCCAAGGCUGUUGUCGAGUUCCACGAGACUACCUACCAGUUCACCAAGGCGUUGAAUUUGCUCCAUACCAUGAGCAACUUCUUGGCCGGUCGUCUCGGAGAGACCCACGAGCACACCAUCGAGAACAUGUAUCUUGAGGCUGCUUUGGCAACUCGUCUGGAGAUGAACACUGAGGCUAAGAGCAUCUACCAGCGUAUCUUCAAGGCUACUUCCCGCACGAACGCAAUUGCCCCAGAGGGCAUGGACGCUGCAAUUUCCCUCAUCAAGCUCUACGAGAAGGAGGGACAGUGGGAUUCUGCUUUGAAUGUUUACCGGUAUCUCUGGCCGACCCUGGUUGUUGAAGACAACAAGGUGGAGGCCUAUGAUCAUGAUCUGGUGGACAAGAUGCUGGAGAAGACUUACCUGGGCUACAUGGCUAUUCUCACUACUCACAAGAGCUCUGACUUCUCCGAGCGGUACCGGGUUGCGUCUGAGUAUGUCAUGACCUGUCGCCACGUGCACGGCGCAACAAGUGAGAAGACGCUCAAUGCUACCUUGCUCUUUGCCGAGCUGUGUGAGUCCAGCGAUGCACACGUUGACCAGGCCAUCUCGCUGUACAAGUUGCCUCUGGAAACCAGCGAUUGGGUGGCUCCUUCUCAGUCCUCGAAGGGUCUCGACCAGAUGACUACACCGCUGCCUAUCACCCUCAAACACAAGUUGGCACAGCUGUUCGUGCGCAAGCAUGAUUCGACUGUUGAAGCCCGUUCUCUCUAUACCGAAGAGUUCCAGCUGGCCAAGAAAAACCAGGGCUACUUCUCCACCACGACUCUCUCGUGGCUCCGUGAACUUGCCCUCGCCCAUUCGCGACAGGGAACCUCUUCUUCUGUUCAGCAGGGCAAUGCCAUUAUCCACGCCUAUUCCACCGAUGUUUUACAUGCCGACGGUGACACUGAUACAAUGGCUGACUGGGCCCGUCGGAUCGCAAGUAUCUACCUCGAGUGCGAUUUCAUCGAGGGUGGCAACAACCUCCUCGACGAACUCCGCCAACGCGUGGUUUACAACUCCGAAGCUUCCUCCGUGGAUCUUCGGGAUCGUCACGAUGCCGUGUUCGUCGCUGCCUUCGAGGAAGUCUUCGGCAGACGAGCGAGCUACGACCAGAUCAUGAGCGAGAUGAGUCGUGAGAUGAGGAAUUCUCGGGCCUUCUCCAAGAGCCUCUCUGGUCACGACUUCGUUCCCACUCUGAUCGCUGGUCACCAGCUAUACAAUCUCCAGAUUAACCAGAAGCGAGUUCGCCCUGCCAACGACACCAAAGACAAGCUGUAUGAGUACUUCUGCUCCAACCUGUCCGCCACCAAGGUCGCCGACAAGGAAGUCGUGCAGCAGUUCUACCAGAUCUGUCUGCGUGAGGUCCACGGAGAAAACUACAACAUGAACAUCUUCACAACGACCACCAACCUCGUCCGUGACUUGUGCAACUCCACCCGCUUCCAGGAAGCUACCAUCCUAACAGGCGUUUUGCACUCCUUCCUGCAUCUGACCGACGGUCUGAACAGCCAGGAGAGCAUCAAUACCGCCACCCGGCUCUGUCUGUACCUGAGCGGCCACAAAGCAACCAAGUGCACCGACGAAAAGACCUACAAAGACAUGUCCAUCAAGUCCAAGCUUCUCCUGGAAGACGUCAUGACAACCUCGAAGUCCAUGGGUAUCGAGAUGGUCGACCUACCCUUCAACCACCUCAACGACGUCAUCACCCUUCUGGGCCAGUACGAGAUGUUCGACAAUCUCGAAGAAAUCCUCACCCAACUCUGGACCUCCCGAAUUGUCCAGCGCACCUGGACACCAGACGUAGUCGUCUGGAUCGGCCGACGACUAGUGGAAACCCGCUUCUGCCGCGGCGAUGUCGACUCCGCCAUCCAGCUCUGCCGCGCCAUCUGCUACAACCUGCGCCAGGUAUGGGGCAGCUGUGACCCAGUCACACUGGACAUGACCAAGCUUCUCUCGGCGCUGUUCACAGCAUCUGAGAACCACCAGUCCGCGGCGACUCUGCACGAAGGAGUGCUGUACGAUCUGCUCGGUGACUCCGGGGCGCAGGGCCAUGCCAAUGCGGCUGAUACCGCGUUGCAGCAUAUGGAGCUGCUGCGUCGUUCCCAGGCUCGUUUGGGAUCGGGUCAGACUUCGCGUCGGGCUUCGGCGCAUGCGGAGCUGUUCCAGUCGGUUGCGGAUCGCUUUGGUGUGCAGUCUGAGCAGAUUAAGAAUGUUGGAGAGGCUAAUGGCGGUGAUCAAUUUGGUGUUUGGUCUAAGCCUAGACGGUUUAGUAUUGAUGUUGAGGAUAUGGAGGAGGAAGGUCAGAUGCACCGCAAUCAUCUACGUGAGAGUAGUGGUGCUGGGUUGGGUGGUGGCGGUACCCAGAGACGCAUCUCGGUGCAGGCUCUCUAA